AUGGCCAAGGUCGAUGCAGCGGCGGAUUCUCCGGCCGCCGCAUCGCCAAACCACAGCCUUCCCCCAGGCCCCGUUGAGGCUCGCUCGUUGUCCUCUAUUACCGCAGUAGCCUCGAAUCCCCCGGCUUAUCCACGGAAUCCGACGCAGAAGAAACUUGAUCCUUUGGUUUUGUAUAUCGUGAGAGUCCCGGGCAGUAAAGAUGUCUUUCUCUCUCCACUGAAACCACCAACAAAAGCCAGCGUUUCGGCUGAGGCCAUCAAUGCUUCCCUCUACUAUCUACAUGUCUCGACGCCCGAGGACGAUGUCUUGCUUCAGGAAUGUGAGCAAGAGCGCGAGGAAGAGGCGAAACUGCGGAGAGAGCUUGGAGAGGAAGCGGAUGUUCCUCCUGAGUUUGCGAAAAUGAAUCAGGUUCGACGAAAGCCUGUUCCAGGCGGCGGUGGUGGCGCAAAGGUGGAUGCUGAUGCACGCCCUCCCCUCCCUGCUCACCGAUCCAAUGUGUCGCUGCCAGAGAAUGUUCUACCAGUGCCAAAAUUUGCGGAAAUACCGUCGUCUCUGAUGCCGGCUCGUCCGGGCUGGACCGGAAGUCGCUCGUCGAUCGAUAUCCCCCAGUCCGCGACUCAGGUGACAACGGACAGUCGCGAUCCUUUCCUCCGGCAUACGCCACCGGGUGACGAGCCUGAAGCAAGGCCGUCCUUACCGCCUCGCCCACUUCCACCUGUCCCGAAGGAUGAGCUCGCAUUUGAGCUGGUCGAGGACAAUUCUGCGCCGAAGAAGGCCAAUCGUUGGAGUGCCUUGUCGGGGUAUUUGCCCGGACGAAAUGCGGAAAACUGGAAGGAAAAGUAUGAGGUCCUGACCUCAGGCCGUCACAGCCUCGACUCCAGGAGACCUCAAGUGCGACCACAAUCGGCUCACGCGAAUCCAUCAUACAAUCGCAUGAGUUCUCCAGCGAGAAGUCCAGGCCAAUCUCCAAGCAGGAGACCUUAUGACAGCAAACCGCCGGAAAGACCUGGUUUCCACAUCACCCUCAUCCGUCGCGAUCCUACCCAUGGGAGUCAAUGGAAUGUAGCGACAAUCUCAACACCGAAAAUGGACGGCGGCGCCAUUGACAUCGAGGUGUCCACGCCAGGGUACACCCGGUUCGCUGCGCAAAGUGAACCGCUCUCACUGGCCAGUCUGGGAAUCAACCUACCUUCCGAACUGGGCAACCGCAUCUCACUAUCUUCGUCUCGACCUACUCAGGCUGAACUGGCAGAGAGCACCCCCAACCAACCAUCGCAUUCCCGAAAGUUCCACCGCAAACUCUGCGUAUCACGACCAUACCAGGAAGACGGCCGAGGCUCCUUAGACCCAGGAGCCAACCGACCCUCACUCGACCACGGAACCAACAGUCCCUCGAGAUCCAACCUCUCCAAGCUCAAAAGCGGCUACUACACCUUCACCUCACCCUGGAACGGCACCUGCACAUUCUCAACGAGCGUCAACGGCCGCAGCCUCAAAUGCAAGCACAUGAUCCCAAUGCCCUCGACAGGCCCGAACGGCGCCCCCAUCGACAAUCCCGCCGUAACAGUCGCCGAAAUCCGCUUCAACACUCCCUUCCAAGCAGGCCAUCUCCACCACCAACCAGGCCCUUCCCACAUCUCCCCCUUCACCCUCAGCCAAACCCCAGCCUUCAAAGACCCAACCAGCAAUCCCAACAACCACGGCCACAACCUCGACCCAAGCUCCUCCUCCCCGUCAGACCGCAGCUCAAAGCGCGCUACCCUUGCUCAAUUCCUCAACCCAAACGCCUACAACCGCCCGCGCGCCCGCUCCGGCGCCUCCGCCCACUCCACAUCCUCCAAUUCCAACUUCGGGGCACCAACCCGGAAACCGUCAACAAGCAGCACCAGCAGCGGCGCUGCAGACCUCGAGGACGGACCCCGUCGUCCUCUGCGCCGUCCACUAAGCGACGACCGCCUCGAUUUCUCGCUUGCGCGAGAAAACGCCGGGGGCGGCAUGCGUGGGAAGAGCGCUAAACUAGGUAAAUUGAUCAUUGAGGAUGAGGGUAUAAAGAUGCUGGAUUUGCUUGUUGCCUCUUGUAUGGCUGUUUGGUGGAGGGGUUAUUACUAUUGA